CAAGGCCUUGCUCUGGCUUUGCGAGGCUCCAUCCCUCACUUCCCCCUAAAGAUUAUUUUGAGGAGUAGAAACAUAAGAAGUGUGGGCUUCCCUGGUGGCUCAGUAGUAAGGAGUCCACCUGCAGUGCAGAAGAUGAAGAUCCGAUCCCUGAGUUGGGAAGGUCCCCUGGAGAAGGAAAUGGCAACCCACUUCAGGAUUCUUACCUGGGAAAUCCCAUGGACCGUGGGGUCACAAGAAUCAGAAACAACUUAGUGACUGAACACCACCACCAGUAGUAACAACAGAGCUAUAAAAUUUACUUAUGGUGGAGAAGCACUGUGUCACAGAAGGUGGAUUUAAGUAGUCUGAAGCAAGAAGUCUGAAUCGUUCCCUCUACCAGCAUUUCUGAGUGUGUGUCUUAAGGAUUGUGAAAGACGUACGGGGCUUUCUUUGUGGUUCAGCUGGUAGAGAAUCCGCCUGCAGUGUGGGAGACUCCAGUAUUCUGGCCUAGAGAAUUCCAUGGACUAUACAGUCCAUGGGGUCACAAAGAGUCGGACAUGACUUUAAAAAAAAAAAGUACAGUAAGUUCCUUGCCCUUAAGAGUGUUAAAUUUGGUCCAGAAACAAAACAUGCCCAAAGUGAAACUACAGUUGUAAGCCACUGUAUUAAGGGUGAAAUAUUAAGAUAUGGGUGAAAGCAUGAUUACUGUGGCUUGUAAAGUGAGAUUAGGGCACACCAUUAUUAAUUAGGGACCAUUUAAGCCUGAGUUUAAAUGUCUUGGAUCAGUAAAGAAGGAUUUAGAGAGAUUGAAUAUAUUAGGGAGUUAAUGAGUGCAUAUUAUGGGCUUUAGGUGGUGCUAGUGAUAAAGGGCUUCCCUUGUGACUCAGCUGGUAAAGAAUCUGCCUGCAAUGUGAGAGACCUGGGUUCGAUCCCUGGGUUGGGAAGAUCCUCUGGAAAAGGGAAAGGCUACCCACUCCAGUAUUCUGGCCUGGAGAAUUCCAUGGACUGUAUAGUCCAUGGGGUCGCAAAGAGUUGGACACGACUGAGCGACUUUCACUCAGUGGUAAAGAACCUGCCUGCCAGUGCAGGAGACCUAAGAGAGGCAAGUUCUAUCCCUGGGUCAGGAAGAUUCCCCUGGAGCAGGGCAUGGCAACCCACUCCAGUAUUCUUGCCUGGAGAAUCCCAUGGACAGAGGAACCUGGACGACUGCAGAGUCGGAGACAACUGAAGUGACUUAGCAGACAUGCACUGUGGACUUGAAGGGCACAGAGAAAUCUACACAGCAAAGGAGCCCGUCUGACAGAGCGAAUUCAACGCAUACAGUCAAGAAGUCAUUUCUGUGCUUGGAGAAAUUGAUCUCAUGCUGGAGAAGCUUCCAGAAUGGGCUGCUGCUAAACCAGCUCAGAGGAACCUGCUCACCAUGCUGGACGAGGCCUACAUCCAGCCAGAGCCCCUGGGGGUCGUACUGAUUAUCGGAGCUUGGAACUACCCCUUUGUCCUCACCAUCCAGCCCCUGAUAGGAGCCAUUGCUGCAGGAAAUGCUGUGAUUAUCAAGCCUUCUGAAGUAAGUGAGAAUACAGCCAAGCUCUUGGCUAAGCUCCUCCCUCAGUACUUGGACCAGGACCUGUAUGCCGUCGUCAAUGGUGGUGUCGAGGAGACCACGGAGCUUCUGAAGCAGCGAUUUGACCACAUUUUCUACACGGGAAACACCACUGUUGGAAAAAUCGUUAUGCAGGCUGCUGCCAAGCAUCUGACCCCCGUGACCCUUGAACUGGGAGGGAAGAGCCCAUGCUAUGUGGACCAAGACUGUGACUUGGACGUCGCCUGCCGACGCAUCGCCUGGGGCAAGUUCAUGAACUGUGGUCAGACCUGCAUCGCCCCUGACUACGUGCUCUGUGAGCCAUCCCUCCAGGACCUGAUCGUGCGGAAGGUGCAGGAGGCCGUGAAGGAAUUUUAUGGAGAAAAUAUAAAAGAAUCUCCUGACUAUGAGAGGAUCGUCAAUCUUCGUCAUUUUAAGAGGAUACAGUGUCUGCUGGAAGGACAGAAGAUAGCUUUCGGUGGGGAGAUAGAUGAGUCCACACGCUACAUAGCCCCAACAAUACUCACUGACGUGGAUCCUGACACCAAGGUGAUGCAGGAAGAAAUUUUUGGACCAAUUCUUCCAAUAGUGCCUGUGAAGAAUGCAGAUGAAGCCAUACAGUUCAUAAAUGAACGUGAAAAGCCCCUGGCUUUCUACGUGUUUUCUCACAGCAGUAAGCUCAUCAAGCGGAUGAUCGAGGGGACAUCCAGCGGCGGUGUCACGGGCAAUGAUGUCAUCAUGCACUUCAUGCUCAGCUCUCUGCCCUUCGGAGGCGUCGGGUCCAGCGGGAUGGGAGCGUAUCACGGAAAACACAGUUUCGAUACUUUUUCCCAUCAACGUCCCUGUUUAUUAAAAACUCUCAAGCGGGAAGGCGCGAACCAACUCCGGUACCCUCCCAACAGCCAGUCGAAGGUGGCCUGGGCGAAAUUUUUCUUGCUGAAGCGGUUCAACAAAGGGAGACUCGGCCUCCUGCUGCUCACUUUCCUGGGUGUCCUGGCCGCCGUGCUCAUCAAGAGGUACCAGGCUGUGCUGAGGACAAAGGCCCUGUUGCUUUUUCUGGCAGUUCACAGACGUGCCAUCCUGUGAGCCGGUCUCAGAACCCACUCUGUGGUGAGAGGAGGCUGGAUACUACUGAUGGACCCCGGCUACCUCCUCAUCGUCUCUGCUGAAUUAUUCUUCUGCUCAGUGGCUAACCAACCAAUCAUUUUUAAAUCAUACUGGAACUUUUAAGAAGAUAGGCAAACACACCAUCCUCACCACUCACCAUUAAUAAAACUCACCGCUUCAGCCAAAGUCCCCCACUUACCUCUCCCCCGGCCCCCCAGGACUGAGCACGCUCACUAGGAGAACCUGCGUCCCUAGAGCUCUGGGCGGGGAAGGGAGCGCACUGGGUGAGCCCACAUUCCCAGACCUGCUCAGUGACUGCUGUUUUAUCAGGCACAUGGGGCUUGCCACCCCCACCUUCAGGCAGCACCCCCUGAAGCCUCCCGGAGACUGCCCUGUGCGUGUUUCCAGGUCUCAGUCCAGAGAGGUGAGGCAUGAUCUCCCAGACUCCUCGGCGUUCGGGGCACUAGAACUGGGGUUGUGGGGGGGGGGGGGUCCCUGUCCCUGAUCUUGGGAUUUGAAGACUGAGCUCCAGGAAGCAGCCCUCCUUUCUCACCGCUCUCUGUCCUGUCUUGUGUUCGGCUUGUGACGGUCCGUUGUGACGUCCACACAUGGUAAAUCCCUGGGCUACUGGAAGGCAGCUGCCAGUUUGGUGCAAGAAUCAUCUGUCAUUCGUAGACUGUGUGCGUCUUACAAAGCCACUGGCCUGUUUCACUGCUAUCGUCAUGGUACUCAGACAAUACCCACCCUUGAGCAGAGGCUGCACAUGGCAGUCAGUGGCUCUUUAGGGACGAAUCUUCAAGUUUCCUGUUUCUGUACCACGAGGCGCGUAAGCAUCCCCUUGGCGUCCCUGUGGCUCAGCUGGUAAAGAAUCUGCCUGCAAUGUGGGAAACCUGGGUUGGGAAGAUCCCCUGGAGAAGGGAAUGGCUACACACUCCAGUAUUCUGGCCUGGAGAAUUCCAUGGACUAUAUAGUCCAUGGGGUCGCAAAGAGUCGGACACAACUGGGUGACUUUCACUUUCGGAAACCUGAGAAGGGCAUUGCUGAACAGAUUCUGUCCAGAACUUAACGUGAGGACCAGUUUCUGUCCUGGACAAGAGGCCUUCAGUGUUCACGACUUACAGCCUGUGAGCCCCAGGGGCUGGUGAGGGGCAUCUGGAAGAGGGCUCUCCAUGACCAGGACAGCAGCUGGCCCACUGAGGGGGCCCUUCCAUGCACAGUCGGGACCAGACCCAGCACUUCAGCCAAACAGGUCUCAAGAAGAGCCCUGGAGGGUCCUCCCCGCCCCCACACUCAACGAGAGAAGGUACCUCACUUCACAGCACAUGUGAUCCACCAUUGAAUGAACCUGCUCCUUGUGGCUGAGUGCAGUGUUACCGGCUUCAUCACAGAACACGGGGGUCAACAACCAAUCACUAGGCUGGCUUAGGGGACACCUGCUUAACGCUGGGGCUUUAUCAGAAUAAUCAGCCGUAAAAUAUCUCAGAGAAAUUUUCAAUAUGGAAUUUUCAUUUGGUAUAUUGUGCAUUUUAUUUUCUAAUUAAAAUUAUUUGCUUGUCUACUGGUA